GCCCCGAAUUUGGGUAUUUUACAGCACUGCGCAUCACGAAGUAAAAAUCAUAUGAUCGAUUAGUCGUAGUGAAAAUUUCAGACGACGGGCAGAAGGCACACACACUGCAAGCACGGUAGUACGUGAAUUCCUUCGGAACUAUUGAAUUUCUAUUUCGAUUUUGUGGCAAGUGAGAAAAAUCAGUCAAGAUGGCUUUGAGCGAUGCUGAUGUACAAAAACAGAUUAAACAUAUGAUGGCUUUCAUUGAGCAAGAGGCCAAUGAGAAAGCGGAAGAGAUUGAUGCCAAAGCCGAGGAAGAAUUCAAUAUCGAGAAGGGACGUCUUGUCCAGCAACAGCGUCUCAAGAUAAUGGAGUACUACGAGAAGAAGGAGAAGCAGGUUGAGCUGCAGAAGAAAAUCCAAUCCUCAAAUAUGCUCAACCAAGCCCGCUUGAAGGUGCUCAAAGUGCGUGAGGAUCACGUAAGCAGUGUGCUCGAUGAUGCACGCAAACGUCUCGGUGAAGUCACCAAGAACGAGAGCGAAUACAAGGUCGUGCUAAGCAAACUGAUUGUGCAGGGCCUGUAUCAGGUGAUGGAACCUAAAGUAAUCCUACGCUGCCGUCAAGUUGAUGUACCCCUCGUCCGGGAUGUAAUCCCAACAUCUGCUGAGCAGUACAAAGCCGCAAUGAAACAGGACGUUGAAAUUGUUAUUGAUGAGAAAGAUUUUCUGUCAGCUGAUACCUGUGGUGGUGUUGAGCUGUUUGCCUUGAACGGACGCAUCAAGGUGCCAAAUACUCUGGAGUCCAGAUUAGCAUUGAUUUCGCAGCAACUUGUGCCAGAGAUCCGCAACGCCCUCUUCGGCCGCAACGUUAAUCGCAAAUUCACAGAUUAAAAUUCUUCUUUAAGUGCAAAAAACAGUAAAAGAAAAAAACAACAAUACCAACAAAAAAGUUCAAGCUUAUAAUACCAACAAUAAUAACAACAACCACAAGAGAAGAAAAAAAAAAAAAACUAAAAAAUGGAGGAAAAGGAAAACUCAUACUCUUGAACUCAUUUAACAAAAUUGUGUCUAUCAAUUAUAAUUAUUAUUGCCGUUGUCUUUUUAUAGUGAAGCAAAAACCUUUUGGUCGGAUAUGUGAGCUACAAUUAUGCGUUAUACGUACUUGCAUAUUUGCCAACUAUUACAAUAUAUAUAAAUAUAUAUAUUUUAGAGUAUAUUUCAGAUAAAGCAAAAGUUCUAAGUGCAUUCAAAUCCGUUAAAGAGUUUGUUAAAGUUUGGUUUUUUUUAUGACUUACCGGCGUUAACAAUAUAAGCUAAUCAUAAUAACAUUCCUCAA